CCUCCCUCCCCCCGGCGCGGCGGCGGGCAGCCGGGGCGCAUGGCGGCGGGGGCGGGCGGCGCGGCGUUGGGGCGGGCGGCGCUGGCGGCGCCGCUGGUGCUGCUCUACUACGGCUUCUCCAUCGGCAUCACCUUCUACAACAAGUGGCUCAUGAAGAGCUUCCCCUUCCCGCUGCUGGUGACCCUGCUGCACCUCCUCCUCAUCUUCGGCCUCUCGGCGCUCGCCCGCGCCCUGGCGCGCUGCCGCUCCGGGCGGCCGCGGGCCGCGCUCUCCUGGGCCGACUGCCUCCGCCGGGCGGCCCCCGCAGCUCUGUCAACUUCCUUGGAUAUUGGGCUGAGUAACUGGAGCUUCCUAUACGUCACUGUCUCCCUCUACACGAUGACCAAAUCCUCUGCUAUUCUCUUCAUCCUGCUUUUUUCACUGCUCUUCAAGCUGGAGGAAGUGCGGGUGACAUUGCUGCUGGUGGUUCUGCUCAUCGCUGGGGGGCUCUUCAUGUUCACCUACAAGUCCACACAGUUCAACGCACAGGGGUUCGCGCUGGUGCUGUGUGCCUCUUUCCUUGGGGGUAUUCGCUGGACUCUCACGCAGAUACUUCUGCAGAAGGCUGAACUGGGGCUCCAGAACCCCAUUGAUAUCAUGUUUCACCUGCAGCCGCUCAUGUUCCUGGGGCUCUUCCCACUCUUUGCGGUGUUUGAGGGCCUGCCUUUGUCCAUAUCAGAGAAGCUCUUCCGUUUCCAUGAAGCAGGAAUGCUGUUCUCUCUGGUAGGGAAGCUGUUCUUGGGUGGAAUUCUUGCCUUUGGUCUAGGCUUUUCUGAGUUCCUCUUGGUUUCCAGAACAUCUAGCCUCACCCUUUCCAUUGCUGGCAUUUUUAAGGAAAUCUGCAUUUUGUUCCUCGCCACACGUUUGCUGGGAGACCGCCUCAGUCUCUUGAACUGGCUGGGCUUUGCUGUCUGUCUGUCAGGAAUCUCCCUUCAUGUCAUUCUCAAAGCCGUGAACUCCAAAGGUGAAAAAGCACUGAAGCUGCACAAAGAGGCCAGCUCCGAGCCUGACCUGGAGCUGCUGCUGCGCCACACUGAACGUGGUGAGGAGGAGGAAGAGGAUGUUGAAACCCCACAGCAACACUGACGGAAUAUCAAGCACAAAGCCCCCUGCUCUGUUCUUACCAAACCUGCCUGACAGCUACCUAGGAGGAAGGUCCAAGAGUCUCUGUGACCACCUAAAGGAGAGCCAGGGCCUGGUGAGAGAGUCCUGCUGUGCUUACUACAGUGUGGAUCUGUAGAUGCUGCACAAGAGACAGGCAAUAUCUCUUUCACAGAGAGCAAACUUGGAAGACGAGCCCUGGUUCAGUGGAAGUAGAACGGCGUGGUGAGACUGGGAGAUGCUAUAGAAAGCUUAUUAUGGAAUCCCGAAGGCUGUACAUUGAGAGUGUAGACCACGAGCAGUAGAAUGAUCAUGGACAUGUCUGGACUGCAGGCUGAGUGGUUCAGGGAUGAUUUUAGUGUUGUUUAGGCUUUGGCUUCAAAAGGGAAGGUAGAUAUACUUUCCCAUACUUUAUGGUUCUGCUAAGUAGGGACUCCCAUCUUGGUGGGAGCAGGUGACUGUAUAUAAAUCCAUAGACUUGUCCCCCAGUGAGAAGGAGCCUUUGUGCUUGGUGACCUCCAUGUUCUGUAUGCAUAGUAAGGAGAGAAUUAAAUGCUGGUAUUUGGGACCAAUUGAAUAUAGCUAAAUGAUGUUGGUUGGAGGAAGAACGGGGGUGCCCGAGUACUUCUGGCCCUACAGGCCAAGGGGAGAGAGAGCAGUAUCACAGGAGAUCUAGCUUGAGCAAUAAGCUUAUCAGAAAGUAUGUGGGUAUCUGAGGGGGGGAUUUUUUGGUUUUUUUAAAUAAACUGUUUUUCUGAUUUCCUUUUGUCUGUACAUUAUGCACCUAUGCUUCAUCAAGCGCAGGUCAUUUCGUCUUCUGAACUCCUUUCCUUUUAGACCCACACUGACCUUGCAGUUGCAUGCCCAAUUAUUUUUGAGGCCUGGCACACAAAAUGCUUGCCCACAAACAGGAUCCUUGGUCUCUAGGACUAGGAGGAUCUUCCUGCAACCUGUCAUAUUUGUGCCAGCCAAGAAAGCAUACUGACUUGUGGAAUGCGUGAACAAGACACCAUAUCCUAAGAAGACUUUUAGUAUUGUGGCUUUUUCUAGGGAUCUUACCUCCUUGCCCCAUUGGAUUGGAUCAGUUAGUGCUGCAGUCUUGUCCAGGAAAGAGGAACGGUGCAGGAUUUAAGACGUGUCUUUUUCCUUUCUGCUAAGCCACAAGUAGUGGUGGGUGGUGGCUGGUUUUUUGCAUGGCAGAAUUUUUGCCUCUUUGAAAGUUUUGUUCAAUGCUAGCUUUUGGAGUGGAAAUCACUCGAGAGUGCUUCCCAAAGGGAUAACAGUGCGGUCUUUCUCCUGAGAGGAGCUGGGUUUUAAAGUGAACUUCUGAUAACUCUGUUUGAGAACCUGAAGCAUUUUGACUAGACUGUCCAUCUGUUGAUCUUGCUUCAUAGUUUUCAGAUAUGAAGUCUUUGUUGACUUUAAUCAAGAGCAUGUCCUGCAAAAAACUGGUUCUGAAGAAGAAAACUUUUGUUAAUAAUGAUCAUCUUUAAUGAUGUUCUAAUAGACACUGAUAACUUGCUUUGGAGCAGACAGCAGGUGGUGCAACUACCUCAUGUAAAGCUACUGCACCAGCAGUUCCAGGCCAGGCUGGCACACCAAGGGAUCUUGUGCAUCAAGUAGGAUGCCUGGAGCUGAGGAUGGCUUGGUCUGUCCCUAGCUGGAUUUUCCAAUAGCUUGGGCUUGUGAUGCUUCCAGCAGGAUUCACCCUGUUUACCCUACUGAUAGGUGUAAGCCUCAAGCACUAAAUACUGUGUACUUGAUGUGGGGCAAUGAUGCUUUCUGAUGUGAUCUGUGUUUAGCAAUACGGCAGCUGCUCUGCAUUUCACUUUCCACUCUCCUAGAACUGAACCUCAGGCAUCCUUCUACUGUGUAACUCUCAGACUGGGACUUCAGGUCCCUGUAAAUCCAAGUUAAAGGUGACUUUGUUCACAGGCCAGGAUUUGUACCACAUACGGUGCUUGAAGAUGAAAUUUGAUUGCGCUAGUGCAAGUGCCUGUGAACUGUAGAGCCCUGUAGUCUGUUGCUUCCAGUCUGGUUUCCUCUUUAAGAUAGAGGGGCAUGCCCUAGAACCUAGUGUCCACACUUAGCAUUUCUGAUCUAGACACAACUUUUUGGCAGCAAAUAUGACACUGUCAUUCACUCCAGUGAAGGAUGCUCAGAACAGCUUUUGGGACAAGCGGUUAGUUCUACACCCUUCCCUAGAAAGUUCCCAGCUGCUUGCUGCCAGUGAGGCUAGGUAGAUGUGUGUUUCCUUGUUCAGUAAAAUUUUGUUCUUUUCAGAGAUAAAGAUAAGAGAAACCUGGAAAUGAGAACAUAAAAGCGUCUACUGCUUCGUGAUUUUGCCACAGCAUAUGGUACAGGUAGUCAGUUGAGUUUGCUUGUGAGACUGACUGGGCAUCAUUCAUCUGUCUUGGAAAGUAUCCUAUUCUAGUUCCUUCUAAUAUCCAGAUAAGAACAACAGAGGAUCUCUGUCCUGUUUCUGCUCACGAAUUUUAAAAGCCUUUAUGCAGGAAGUUUUGCCCCAGCCUCAUAAAUCCAGAUAGGGAUCUUGUGGUGCAAGGAGGUUCAUAGUAGGGUGUAUUCUGCAGGUGGUUCUGUGAUCAGCACACAGCAAGGAGGCCCUAAUCCAGCUCAUGCUGAAGUACUUCUGCUGCUUUUCUGGGUCUGCAGUGCUAGGAUGGAAGGGUUUUUCACUUAGUGGCAGGUUGGGACUUGCUGAAGGUGGUCUUGCAAGGAUUCCUGCCGGGGACUCUUAAGCUACAAGGUCUUCUGCUUCUGGGAAAGCAUUGCUGUUUUGCAGUCUUUAUAUGACUUUUCCCUGUGCAAUUCUCUCUGCAGGAACCUCACUGGGGUAGAGUUGACGAUGCCAUGACUGCUUGUGUGCAGAACAGGCAGGAUCCAUAUUUUUGCUGCUCCUCUCUCCCUUCAUCCUUCCAACACUUGACUUUCUAUGUCCCAGCUUCUUUUAGUAGUAGUGCAGGAAGGAAGUUGCUUCUUAGCUCCCAGUAAGCGCCCAGUAGCUCCUGUGUGGACCUCUUCUUUAAAAUGUCUUGUCUGGCAGGAGUGCUGGCAGCAGCAGUGCUGUCACCAAUCUGAAGGCUUUACCUAGGAUUCUGCCUUUAUCCCAAAAAUUCAAUCAGAAGGUCAGGACUAGAGCAGACCCAGUGUCAAACAAAUCAAAUGUUAAUUGGACUGUGUGUAGAUGUGGUUCUUUCUGACCAAGCACCUACUGUGUCCUGGACCCAAGAAAUGAAAUGGCUGAACAGCUGGCUGUGUCCCCGAUAUCACUCUUACUCCUGCUGCAAUACGUGUAAAAUGAAGGUGCUACACCAGCCAGGCGAUACCGAUAGUCAUGUUUAAUACUUGUGCUCAGCAUGGUAGAUGCUUCUGCACAGGCAUAUGGAGCAGAGGUGACAGGACUUGGGAAUCCCAGGAGAAAGAAUGCUCUAAGGGUUUCUGAAAACUGCAGUGUUGCUUCCCGUCCUCUCAAUUCCACCUUUUACUUUACCUUUUCAUUCUACCCUGUGGGUGGAGCUUAAGAGCUUGCAGCGUCAGGGACUUUAGGUCAUUGCCUUUGCACUUAGUGUUGGGAUUUUAAAUUCUGAUAUGCUUUAAAAUAAUUAAAAUGUAAAAACAUUU